AUGUCGGAAUUAGCUAAAACGCAAGAUUUGGUUGAGGAGGGUGGUAAUCAGUGUAGAAAACGCUCUCAUACCAAUAGCGAACAUUGCACGAAAAGAGCAAAAUUAAACGACAUGAGUUCGAGUGAAAAGAAUGCGAGUUUUUCAAUUUUAAAUCCCAAUUCAAAUGGAAGUAGUAUAGCAUUAAAACUGGCCUCGUCAAUGACCAAGCCCGGGGCGACUGCUAAGAAGCUGGUUAUAAAGAACUUUAAAAGUAAACCGAAUCUUCCAGAGAAUUACCAAGAGACGACAUGGAGCAAAUUACGAGAGGCUGUAAUCGCCAUACAGACCUCAAAAUCAAUAGAUUAUUCGCUGGAAGAGCUAUACCAGGCAGUUGAAAAUAUGUGUAGUCAUAAGAUGGCCUCACAGUUAUAUGUCAAUCUUACAAAUUUAGUAGAGGGACAUGUGAAAUCAAACAUAGAACAAUUUCUUUCUGAGAGCAUGGAUCGACAGGUGUUUUUAAAACGAAUGAAUGACUGCUGGAAAGCACAUUGUCGUCAAAUGAUAAUGAUAAGAAGCAUUUUCUUAUAUCUUGACCGUACCUAUGUUUUGCAGAAUCCUAGUAUUCAUUCUAUUUGGGAUAUGGGUCUAGACCUAUUCCGACACCAUAUAGCGAUGAACACAUUGAUCCAAACAAGGACAGUAGAUGGUCUGCUGCUUCUAAUAGAAAGAGAGAGAGGAGGAGAUUCUGUAGACAUCUCUCUACUAAAAAGCCUGCUGCGGAUGCUAUCUGACCUUCAGAUAUAUCAAGAUGCUUUUGAGCAUAAAUUCCUACAAGCAACAGAACGUCUGUAUUCGGCAGAGGGUCAACGAUUAAUGAGGGAACUACCAGUCCCUGAAUACCUUGCACAUGUAGAGAAGAGGCUUCGGGAAGAGCAUGAGCACCUAUUGCACUACCUCGACCCUUGUACCAAAUGGCAAUUAAUUCAUUCAGUAGAAAGGCAGUUUCUUAGUGAACACCUAACCGGUAUCCUUAGCAAGGGCUUGGAGUCUCUGAUGGAUGGACCCCGGUUACACGACCUAACCACACUUUAUAACCUCUUCAGUAGAGUGAAAGACGGACUGACUGAACUGUGUAAUCACUUCAAUGCUUACAUAAAGAAAAAAGGACGUACGAUUGUAAUAGAACCAGAGCGCGACAAGACAAUGGUUGGCGAACUCCUGGAAUUCAAAGAGCAGCUUGACAACAUUGUGACUGGCUGCUUCCAGAGGAACGAUCGCUUCCUCUACUCCAUGAGGGAGGCAUUCGAAUUCUUUAUCAACCAACGGCAGAAUAAGCCUGCUGAACUUAUUGCCAAAUUCGUCGACCUAAAACUCCGCGCGGGUAACAAAGAAGCUACAGAGGAAGAACUGGAACGCUUACUCGACAAAAUAAUGGUUUUGUUCCGUUUUAUUCACGGAAAGGAUGUUUUUGAGGCAUUUUACAAGAAAGAUCUGGCCAAAAGACUCCUCGUUGGGAAAUCUGCUUCCGUGGAUGCUGAGAAAUCCAUGCUAAGUAAGCUCAAGCAAGAGUGCGGAGGCGGGUUCACUUGUAAACUAGAAGGAAUGUUCAAGGAUAUGGAAUUAUCUAAAGAUAUCAAUGUUACGUAUAAACAGCACUUAGCAGCAAGCCAAGAAUCGAGCAGUCUAGAUCUAUCAGUGUAUAUCCUAACCAUGGGUUUCUGGCCGACGUAUCCGCCGGUGGAAAUCCGUCUUCCGGCGGAACUGACCCGGCAUCAGGACCACUUCGGCAAGUUCUAUCUGGCGAAGCAUUCUGGACGAAAGUUGCAAUGGCAACCCACGCUCGGACAUUGUGUGCUGCGGGCGCAUUUUGCUCAGGGUAAAAAAGAGCUGCAGGUGUCAUUGUUCCAAGCAUUAGUUUUACUAUUAUUCAAUGACGGUGACAAUCUCUCAUUUGAGGAUUUAAAGGCGAAUACCAACAUUGAGGAAGGGGAACUCCGUCGUACGUUGCAGUCUCUGGCGUGUGGCAAAGCGCGAGUGGUUUGCAAAUCGCCUCGCGGAAGGGAAGUGGCCGACACCGACACCUUCACCUUUAACGGGGACUUCGUCAAUAAGCUGUUCCGCAUCAAGAUUAACCAGAUACAGAUGAAGGAGACGUCCGAAGAACAAAAAGCGACGGAGGAGAGAGUAUUCCACGAUCGACAGUACCAGAUCGACGCGGCCAUUGUUCGUGUCAUGAAAAUGAGGAAAGCGCUUUCUCAUAAUCUCCUCAUUUCGGAACUGUAUAAUCAGCUCAAAUUUCCCGUAAAGCCGGCUGAUCUCAAGAAACGUAUUGAAUCGCUCAUCGACAGAGAUUAUAUGGAGAGAGACAAAGACAACCCCAACCAAUACAACUACGUUGCCUAA